AUGAACCAUACUUGGUCAAUAAUAUUAAUAUGUAAAAUACAUAUUAAUGAAAGUGGUCAAAUUGCUACAUUAUCAAUAAGCACCACGGAGAACGGUUUAUUUCUUCAACUGCCGCUUGGUCAAUUCGUCACCACUAACUUUCAUCAGAUUGACGUUUGUGCUGAUUUUGCACGUGAAAUUAAAAGUCUUUUACGCCUUGUUAAACAACAAAAGGAAAUAUAUGCCUUGGAAGUGGAUACAUCGCCAAAUGGAAACACUUCGCGUGUAUUGACGGCAAAUGCACUUGGAAGAGUCAAUCCAAGACGAAACAGUUAUCGAAAACGUCACAAGUAG